AUGUUCAUCACCAAGGCGGUAAUAAUUUUCACCCUAUUCUACACCACUGUCCUGUGUGGAGAAAUGAAAAACUGGACUUACGAAUUAGUCAGCAUAGAGGCCACAACCACCGAUCCCGACAUUGCUGACAUCGCCGUAAAGGAAAAGCGCAUUGGUCGUGGCCUUUAUGCCUUUAGUGGUUUUUUGGAUUUCAAAACGGAUUUGGAUGAUUCGACAGUGGUGGAUGUGCGUGUCUAUCGUAGCUCUACGGAACGUGAACAGGAUUAUCAGCUAACCCCCUUUGUUAUCGACAAUGAAACUCUAACGAAUUUUAUCAAUUUCCAUUAUAAGGCCUAUAUAAUGCCAUCGAUUAAGGAAUGUGCUCCCGAUGCUCCACAGUUUGAGGGUGAUGAUGAAUUUGAACCACCAUUUAGUAAAAUGCGUAUCGAUGUGAAUGAUUGCGAUGUCCCUGUUGAUGGUUUCCCCAAUCUUUUGGAAUAUGGUCUAUAUAAGAUUGAGGCCUAUGCCCGCAAUGAUAUUGAAAUGUUUUUGAAGGUGGUGGUAAGGGUUGAGAGGCCAUAGAGUGGG